CUAUUAAGACAGCCAUCUCAAUAUCGCAAGGGUGGGUUCCAGCAUACAGCUGUGGUACUCCUGCCAAUGGAGCCCCACAAGCGCUUUAUUCGUUCCAACAAGCCGAAGCUGAUAAAGGUUCUCUGCACCGAUGCCAGCUUCAUUUUGCAGCAUGUUGAGGGGAAAGAACUUAUCACUGAACGGGAGUACAAUAAUCUUAUUCCAAACAGUGACACACGUGGAGAAAAGGUUACCAUUGACUUGUUAGACAAGUUAAUGAAUAAAGGUGACCAACACUGCAAGGAAUUCAUUGCCCUUUUGGGAGAGGAUGAAACACUCCAAACUUUUCCAGCACUGAAGGAGAUCCUCCCACCUCCAACAGCCCCUCAACAAGUCGCUGUACGCACUCCUGCAACAGAUACCCCAGUCCAAGAAGCUGGCUUGGUGAAGACAUAUGCGAUGAUCCAAAGUCCUCGUGGUCUCUGUGUCAUCAUCAAUAAUGUGAACUUCGAAAAGUCGACAGAACGAAGAGGAUCUGAUACAGAUGCAGAUACCUUGGAGCAGGUCUUCCACUGGCUGGGCUUCACAGUGGAACGUCACAGGAACAAGACCGUAGCUGAAAUGAAAGCUGUCCUUCAAGAGUGCAGUCAGAAGGCUGUCGGAGACUGCUUCAUCUGCUGCGUGCUGAGCCAUGGAAAAUCAGAGGGCAUUUUGGGACAUGACGAUGAUAUUGAGGAGAAUGUCCUGACUAUGGACGAAAUACUCACCCCAUUCAAAGGGUGUCCACAGCUCGCCGGGAAGCCUAAACUAUUCUUCAUCCAGGCUUGCCGCGGGAAACGCUUCCAGGAUGAAGUCAUACUCACUACCGAUAGUGGUGGAGAAGUUGCACACGAAUUGGAGACGGAUGUCAGACCGUUCCAGAGGCCGACGAUCCCGACGAUCCCAGCUGAUGCUGACGUUCUGGUUUCCAUGGCUACUGUGAAUCAGUACUACUCCCUUAGGCAUCCCAUCGAGGGCUCCUGGUUCAUCCAGUCACUAUGCAGACAGCUCAGAGAGGGCGUUCCAAGGUAAUUAUCUGCUGUCUACGC